GCGGGCGGUGGGCGUUGAGGGAGGCGACGCGGUUUGGGGUGGGGGGCGGGGCUGACCAGGCAGGCAGGGCGCCGGGUUUGUGGCCGGGAGAGACGGCGCAGGGGAGCUCCUGCGAGGGCGGCGGUUCGCUGUGCCCCGGCCCCCUCCGCCGUCUUGGGGUACAACUCCGUGAGCCCUCGCAGUGCGUCAGGUGCUCGGGCCAGGGCUUUAAAACCACCCUCUCGUUCAGUAUGUCGAGUCGCUGUUUUGUUUAGUUUUAGUUUUUAGUCUUUUUAAUUCCCUACAGGGUGCCGAGAGAAAGUGAGAAAGCACCCCCCAUGGGGGAUGGUCAAGCGGGGAUCCCGUCUCCAUUUCUCCCUCCUUUCGGGGUUUCAAGCAGCUUGCGCAGGCGCCUGACACUGAGUUUUCAAGCUGUCAAGUCAAGGACUUGAACUGCAUCACAGGCAGCCCUCCUCCGAGCAGUGCUGAGGUCACGAGAGCCACCUCUGUGGGGUAGGCCUCUCCACAGACUAUGGUGCUGCAGUGGGCAGGAGGAUUCCAAGAGGGAGGUGCGGAGCACGUGGCUCACCUCGAAGGGUAAUCCACCAAGCACAGAGACAGAGAAAUUUCAGAUGGUCUACCGUUUUGAUGCCAUCAGAGCCUUUGGGUAUUUGUCCCGGCUGAAGGUGGCACAGACUGCCCUGACAGUGGUGGCCUUGCCACCAGGUAUCUACUGGUACUCCCAGGGCCUCAUCACUCUCAACUCCUUGUGUCUCAUGAGUGGGGUCUCUGGCUUUGCCCUGGCCAUGCUGUGCUGGAUGAGCUAUUUCUUCCGGAGGCUGGUGGGCAUCCUGUAUGUGAAUGAGUCUGGCACCAUGCUGCGGGUGGCUCACCUGACCUUCUGGGGCUGGCGACAGGACACAUACUGUCCCGUGGCAGAUGUGAUACCCUUGACAGAAACCAAGGAUCAGCCUCGGGAGCUGUUCGUGCAGAUCCAGCAAUAUAGUGGGAAGCAGUCCUUCUACCUCACCCUGCGCUAUGGACGCAUCCUGGACAGGGCACGUUUCACACAGGUGUUUGGGAUGCUGGACUCGCUUAAGUGAAUCAAUGGGAGCCCAGCCUUGGGUAGCCCUGGACUGCUGGGUCUCUAACAGGAAGCUAAGAACGUGGGCAAGGCUGAAGAAGAGGAUCAGGCUCCUGGAGACUUUGCCCGGGCCCCUGGGAACAUGUCUUUUGGGAUAAAGAAGUUCAUGAAGCAGGUUUAAGCCAGAGGCUUGAUGUGCAAAUUCUUGCUGCACUUGAGUAUGAUACUCAAUCAGAUGAUGCCAAAGUUUCUGUGAAGAGCCAGUUCUUGGAGAAAGUAUGCCAUGAAGUUCAUCUAUGCAGUCUACUAUCAUGAAGUCAGAACACAAGAGGCAGCCGGGGAGCACAGGACUUGGCGUAAGGAGACUUGGGUUUUCUUUUCAGCUCCUUGUGAUGGGGCAGGCUAUUGGUUCUUUGUGAGCCUCGGUUUCCACAUCUGUGAAGUGGAAGGUCCUGCCUGUCUCACAGGAUAGGUGAGAAUGAACAGUAAGUGUCAAGUGCUUCGCAGUCAGCAGCUCAGAGCAAGUACUGAGUGUUUGGUCAGAGAUCACGGCAUAGCGAAAGGCUUAUAGGGAGGUUUCAGGUAGUCAGAGAUUUUCAGAGUCCUGUGCUGUGUCUGGAAUCCUAGAGUGGUAUUCUCUACUUUCCCUCCUACCACACACACACCGACUGAGGCAGGGAUACUCUCCAUGAGCACAAGAGCCCAGUCAAAAUUCUGUUCACCAUCCAGAAGUAUAGGGGCUCCCACAUUGGAAGACUGCACUGUAAUAAAAUCACUUGGAUUGUUUGCUGGUGUAUUUCUUAUAAACUAAAGCUGGUUAUAUGCAUUGCCCAGUAGAAUUAAUAAUACAUGUUUGUUAAAUAAAUUGUAACAGUGAAGUGGGUGGUUUUAAAAUUUGGCAUUCAAAAAGUAAAUUACACAUACUGUAUAACUUUCUAGUCUUCUGUUAAGCAAUUUUUUUUUUGAGAAGUAUUUGCUGUAGGACACAUGUGCUUAUGGGAGAGAGAGACAGAAAGUGAGAAAUUACUCCUUUAAGGAGGAUGG